AUGGCGGAUAAAGAAAACAGAAGGAAGUGUUUUAAGUGCGGCAGCUCACCGGCUGUAGACAACAUUAAAUUAUUUAGAUUUCCGAAACCUGCAGUAAAGAACAUUUUGCGCUGUACAUUAUGGGCGAAAUAUUUGUUUCCUGCCAAAGAACAGUAUACUUUAGCUUUCCAGGCAAAGCUACAUAAUGAGCACAGAAUGCUGUGUGAAAAACAUUUUAUUGAUGGUGAUUUCACUGAUUCUUCCAAGAAAACGCUGUUAAGGACUGCAGUCCCAUGUGAUACUGACAAAGUGUCUCUUGUAUUCCCAUCUUAUUUUGUGGAAUCACAAGCUGGUCCCUCGCAAAUUAUUGCAGCUCAAGCACAAGCAGGAUCUUCAAAAAACACAACAUUAAGAGAUAUAUCCAGAGAACAGCCACAAAAAUCUCAAAGAAUAUCAAAUAAUAUAGAGCCUGAAAAAGAAAGAUGCCUUUAUGAAAAAUAUAGACUUGCUGUACUAAUAAAAGAGGUCUUAAAUCAGUGCUUUCAGGCUGGGAUAAAUAUAUCUGCGACAGUUUGUGACAUGGAUGGAGUAAAUCGGCGAGCUCUCUCUAUUUUGGGUGCAAAUGUGCAACAACCCUAUUUUACAUUGCACAACAAAGAAAUAGUGACACUUUUUGAUACACCACAUCUGUUAAAGUGUUUUCGAAAUUUAUUUAUGAAAUAUGACAUACAGUGCAGAACAAAUAUUUCAUCUGGUACUGAGGUUGGAACAGGUGUUGCCAAAUGGUCACACAUCAAAGAAUUUUUUGAUGUGGAUAAAAAUCCUAAUUUUGUCUUUGCUCCUGCCCUUACAAAAGAACAUCUUAAUCCUAACCCUAAACAGAAGAUGCGAGUAAAACUUGCUGCACAAGUUUUGAGCCAUACAGUGGCAGCAGGAAUUUAUGUAAAAAUAGCAAAUGGAGCGCUUACUGCAGAAGCUGCCGUUACAGCAAAUGUUGUAUCAAAUAUGGACAAAUUAUUUGACUGUCUAAAUAGUGACACAGCUGACCUGCGUAGAGGAAAAAUUCAUGCGACGAAUAUGACGCUGAAAAGUCCUCACAUGAGUUGUUUUUCUGAUAUGAAAUUAUUUUUCCAAACUAUGAAGUUUGUCGGGUGUUCACGACAACCUCCAUCACUAGAUGGGUGGAUCUGGACAAUAAAUGGUGUAGAGCGACUAUUUACAAAUAUGUCAAAAGCUCAUAAUAUUAAGAGUCUAGUCACAAGGCGAUUGCAACAAGACCCUAUUGAAAAUUUGUUUGGUUGCAUUCGUGGUAACUGUGGGUCAAAUACAAACCCUACGACAGGGCAAUUUGCGGCUGGACUUAAAACUUCAAUUUUAAGUAGUUUGGCACAUAUAGGGACCAUUGGCAGUAAUUGCGAAAGAGACAAUAAUGUAAUUAUUAAUAAUUUAAGUAAAUUGUUAUCACUCCCACAAUCCACACUCAUGCAUGCAGAGCCUGAAUUUCAUGCAAUAAGUGAACUGCCUAAUGUUCAUGUCAUAGAACAAAAUAUUGACAAGGGCAAUGCAGAAGUUCAGGCCUGUGCAUAUGUGUGUGGAUUUCUGCUUAAGCAAUUGCCAGUAAAUAAAUGCAAAAAAUGUAGAAAAAUUUUUGUAUCCAACACUGUUGACAAAUGUCACUUGUUUGUAGAGUGCCGAGAGUACAGUGAUUUUAACAGAAGCUUGUACUAUGUGACUAAAGAAAUGAUAAAUUAUGUGGAUUAUUGUGCUUCCUUAAUAAAUUCAUAUUUAAGAGAAAACGAACACAUGAGUUCUUUGAAAAAAAAUUUAGCUGAAAAUAUUAGAAAGUCUAUAAAUUUUGAGUUUGCCAAAGAAUGCACGAUUCAUUCAGAACAAAAUUUUAGUAAUUUAACUAACAGUGUAUUAAUUAUAUGUUUAAAAAGGUUUUGCAUUGUUAAAAACCGUUUAUUUGCCGAAGAAGCUUCAGCUGCUGCACUCAGGCGAAAAAUGAAUAUAAUGUUGCAUAGAUGA